CCAGAGUUGCCAGACGAGUUUCUGCCGACGCAGGACGAGCUCGCUUUCAUGGCUCUCCGACGAGAUAGCUCUUUUGACUGAAUUUCUACAUUCGUGAGAGACAGUUUACGCGCGAGAGUAGUGACGAGAGUGCGCGCAGCACACAAACUAUCCAUCCGGACCGAGAUGUUCCAUUUGUCAGAAUUUUUUACAAAAAAAUCACAUUGACACUUGCUUUGCAUCAACAGUCCAUUUUAGUGGGUGUUUAUGAAACACACAAGUGCGUGUUAUCAAGAAACGAGGCAACCAGUGACAUAUGUAAAAAUUAAUAAACUACAGGUGUCUGGCGUUCGGUGACAACCGUAAAGUAGUAUAGAAGAGAAGCAAGAAGUUGCUGCACCUGCCGCAGUUGUACUCGCGGCGCCACUCACGUGUUGCAUGUGUGCCUUGGUUAUCCAUCAUGGUCGCGAACUAGGAACAGCUCCGAUUGGUCGGUUUGGUGGUCACGUGGUAUGGUAAUUGGGCUCCGGUGGGCGGGAAGGAGCGAACGAGGUCGUGGAGGAUCGCGAAAGUGGCGGAAGGAGAAGAGAGAAUAAGCAGCUGUCCACCGGGAGACCUGUGCUCGUCGUGGCCCCGCUCUUCCCAUUUCUUUUCUCUUUUUCUCCCUCUCCCCUUCUUUCUCUUUUUUCCUCCUUUCGAGAAAACGUCACCCCUUUUCGCAAGAGGCGGUGAGAUGCGGACGAUGGACCACAGUGCAGUGCUGUGCAGUGUGAGCUUAUGAGAAUAGAUACUAACACGAAAUGGUGUACCACGCGCGGAUCGAAGAAUUGAUAAAUAAAGGUAAUGUAAUAAGAAGGCGGAAGUGAAGUGCGCGCGAUCGUCUGCUAUUCCUUCGUUUUUCUCUUGGACACAGCGGGUGUGUAUGUGUGCGCGCGUGUGUGUGUUUUUCACAAGGAAGUACUCACAAACAUGAGUUCUUUCUUGAUGAAUCCAUCCGCUGCUGGUGGAUAUCAUCACCACCAGCAUCAGCAGCAGACUGGAAAUCACCACUUGACCGCCACGUCUGUCAUGGUCGAUCCGAAAUUUCCUCCCAGCGAGGAAUAUAGCCAGAGCAACUAUAUACCCUCGACUGGGGCGGAUUUCUUCGCCGGUAGCAAUAGCGGUCAUCACUUGAGCCAUCCGCAGUCCCACCAGCUACAGUACGGCUAUCAUCAGCAUCACCAUCAGGCGGCGUCGACUCCUUACGGCGCUUCCUCCGCGGUGCAAUUAAACGGCGGGUACACAGGAUACGGCGGAUAUUACGGGCCUCACCAUCCUCAUCAUCAAGUGCACGCGGUCCAUCAUGCCAGUUUACAUCCUCAUCAUCAUGCGGUAGGUGCUCUGGCGAUGCCGCCGGAAGCUCAGCAACCACCGCUCACGUGUCCGUCAUCGAUACAAAGUCAGCAGCAACAACAGCAGCAGCAACAACCACCCGUGCCGACGUCAACUGUCGUCGGCUCCACUCCUUUGUCGCCGUCUAUAAUGCAGAAUCACGUGCAACCAGAUGCCCUUCAGCAUCAUCAGCAACAACACGAGAAUAAUGCUUGCAGUCCGACUGGCUCGAGUCAAAUGCAUCGAGACAAUUCGCCUGAUCUUCAGACACAGUCGUCGUCCCAGCAAUCUCAGCAUAUACAAAGCAGCCAACAGCAGACACCGCAACAACAGCAACAACAGCACCAUGUGGAAGAUGGUUUGGAUGCGGAUGAUAUGGAAGAUGAUCAAAUGAUGGACGGUUCACCGGGAAUGAUGGAGGAGGAAGAGGAGGAUGAAGAUAACGGAGAUCGCAUGAUUUUCCCGUGGAUGAAAAAGAUUCAUGUUGCAGGAGUCGCGAAUGGUUCGUACCAACCUGGAAUGGAACCAAAGCGACAGAGGACCGCCUACACCAGGCAUCAAAUACUGGAGCUGGAAAAGGAAUUUCACUAUAAUAGAUAUCUGACGAGACGGCGACGGAUCGAGAUAGCUCAUACCCUGGUCCUGACCGAGCGGCAAAUAAAAAUUUGGUUUCAAAACCGCCGUAUGAAAUGGAAGAAGGACCACAAACUACCGAAUACCAAGAACGUGCGCAGAAAGAACGCGAACGGCCAAGCGCCGGCAGCGACGACGAAGCCCGCAAAGACUUCAGCGACGCGAGCGAAGUCAGGCACGGGUAACAAUAACAACCAAAGAAAAAACAACAAUUCGCCUUCCAGCGGUAUGGAGAACAGCUUGGACUCCAAUAUCGGUCUCGAUAUGGGCGAAGUUCACGGGGUCAGCUCCAGUCUUCCUCAUCCCAGCGUAGUUCAUCCUGGCUUUCAAGGUCACCCUCAUUCUCUGGCUCAUCUCCAAGCGCAGCUGAGUCAUCAUCACGUGGGUGGAAUGAUGGACGGUCCGACGGGAGGACCGUUGGGACACAUAGGUUCCGGAAGUAUCAGUCCUCUUGCUCCGGCUACCAGUCCUUCCGGUUUGUCGCAAGUAUCAGCUCCUGUACCACCAUCAGCGUCAAAAAAUGAUUACGGACUCACGCCCCUGUAACAUCUAUUUUGAUAGACGAAUAUAUAUUUGACUAUAUUCGAUGACAUAACUUUCGGCAUUCGAUUGACGGUCUUUCGCCGCGGAUAAUUUCUUGCUUUCCUCACUCGAUCGGAUAUUUAUUGUGAAUUGUACAGUUUGAGUUUCUCUGACAUUGAAAAUACCUACCAGUAUGGAAAAUAUUGAGAGCGAUUCGCGUGCAGGUAGGGUAAGUAUUCAUAUGGACUUCAAUCAUAAAAUGAAGAUCCAUGCAAAACAGUAAUUUCAACAAGAUUAUUUUUUAAAUUUAUAAUAAGUCAAGGUGUUAAUUUUAUGAUACUUCAUGGUACGUAGAAAUAACAUUUGAGAAACUGAUUAUAAAAAUAAAAAAAAGAGUUUUAUAGCAAAGAAGCAGAUAAUGGUUUCAAGAUGGAACAUAAAAUAGUAUUGAUUAUCGAAUCUGACCGGUCUGUUUAGAAAGAUAAUAACAACAUUGAUUGUUGGGAUACUUAUUUUUGUUUCAUCUGGUUAAACAGGACAGAAAUUAAUUCGACAAUCUUAAAUUUUGUGAGUGUGCAAAUUUAAUAAACGCGUAAAAAAUAAUUGGAAGCUAUGUCAUUGUUAUAUAUAUUGCAAUAUGGUAAAAUCAUCAUAAUUGUUCAAUUAUCAUGAUUUCAACACCACAUUAGCAAUUAUAAAGUUUAACCAAAGAUUUCUGAUGUUGCGCGUUUCGGUUUGCAAGUGCUAAUUAAUUCUGUAAUUAUCGGUAUUAUUGAAUGUACGAUGUAAUGGAGAAAAGUACGGUGCAUGCACGUCAAUAAACAUUUGUUUGAUUGAAAUUAUGGAAUACUUUUUUUCUUUUUUGAAUUUCCAAGAACGGAUUUCAAAAAGAAAUAGCACAUAAAAUUACGUCAUGCUGAUAACAAUACAUAUGCGCGCAAACGAAAUCGUGAGGUCGAAUGUGACUUUUGUCAAGUAACAUAGUCUUCUCAUAGAGAUUAUUAAUUGCGAAAUUAUACUCGUGAAUUAACUUCUUAACGCCUUCCUAAUGCUUUUCUUAUAUCCUUCAACAACAGUAUAUUUCUUGUCAAAACUUGUGAUUCUCAAAACAUUAAUAGUCAUCCAUUCAUUAUUUGCAUAAUGAUACCAAUACCCGAAGAGAAAUUAGUAUUUUAUGACAUUGGAAUUGUACAUAUAACUCAACUUUGUGUAUAUAUAUAUUAGCGUAAAGAAGAUUUUAUUGCAACAUGAUUGAAAUAGUGUUUAUAUUUCGUAUAUUAUGAUCUAAGUGUCGAUAUUAACGUUUUAUAUCAUAGAUAAAAAUGAAAAUUGUGUUUGCGACGAAAAUUUUGGUCAUUGUGAUACGAUGGCAAGAUAUUGGUAAUUUGGAUGUAUCUUACAUCAUGUUCUUUUUUCUAAAAAUAAUAGUUGUUGUCCAUUUGUAGUAAUUUAAUUAUUGUUUUGAAAUCAAACAUCUUCAAAAUAUUCCUUCGAAUAACCUUAAUUUAAAGGCUAUUCACGAUUUUAUCUUUCUGUAAGGCACGUUGUAAAUAAUUCGAAAUGAUAGUAUAUAUUUUUACCGGAAAGAAGUGAGGAAUGACCAAUAAUAAUUAGGACACAAUUGCACCGUGAUUAAAUCGGAAAUCGUACUAUUAAGCAAGUAGUAAUCAAAUAAUUAAUGCACAGAAUCGCUGUGACGAUAUACCAAAACGAUACUACUAAAUAUAAGAUGCAAAGUUAAACUUUAAGGUAUAUUAAUACCUUAAAGUACCGAGUUCGUGUAAUUAGUAGAGCGUAAGAAGUAAAUGUAUGAGUUUCGAAAAUGUUCUGUAAGUGUGACAUAUUAUAUCCUUUGCUAUAAUUAUUCAUUGUAUAUAGCAUGUACGAUAUAAGUAUCAAACAAACUGGGCACAUACUGAUGCUUAUGUUUAUAUCGCUCGUAAAGAUUGAUGAAAUACACAAUCGUGAAGUAAAUAAACAAGUAAAUAAAUGUUUCAUAAUUUACAAGAACAUCGUGUUUCCAAAUCAUGUUCUCACAUACACCUGAAUAUAUCAACUAUUAUCCAUGACUAUUAUCCAUAUUUUUAUUGCUAUAACAACACUCUUUUUAUGUUAAAUGAUUUUCUAUGUGCUCCAAUAUUCUUUUCUUUACAAUUUCUUUGCACUAUUUAUUAUUCUGUCAGCAAACGCCGCUAAUCAGCCAAGGCUAGUGCGACUUAUUAUUUUAAGUUGACACUAUCUCUUUCUCAUUAUGUAUAUUCUCAUUAUGUUACAUUCAUAAUUUACCAUUUUCAUUCUAACUAUGAUAAGAGUUAAACUAAAAACAAAAUCAAUAUU